CAGGGCAGCGGCAAGACCAUGGCUGACUGCAACAGACAGAGAACAACAGGGGAUCUGGGAUCCAUAGUUCAGGGGACUGCAGGAUAUCAAGAAUGAUCUCUGGGACAGAAAGCAGCACCUCUGGGUCAGGAAGCAGCCAAGAUAUCCAGAGGAUAAGGAACCCCAGGAACUACUCAGUAAGACUCACGGAAAACAUUGGGCUCCCUAUGACACUGCUUGAAAAACACAACCCUUGGCCAGCCUAUGUCACAUUUAUCUCCGCGGCAGUAACCCGACUCACUGAAAAGAGCUGGGCCAGGGAUCUGGAGUGCAUUUAUGCUGUUGAGAAAAACCGCAAGCCACCAAAGCUGAACAAACCUAGUGCCCUGCAGUUGAAGGGGAGUAAGUCAUCCAAGCCCUCAGAACUCAUGCUGAAAGAUACCCUGUCAGAGACUGUGCUACCUGUGUGGGAAAGCUCCACCCCAAAUGUGAGUCCCAUAUUUGUCCCAGAACCUGAACAAUUCGAAAUGGAAGCCAGAGAGGGGCCCACAUCAGACUAUAACAAGAUCAUUUUCUCCAGGAUGCCUGUGAUGAAGAAACUCCCAUAUGACUUACUAUGGGCCAGCAAGGAGACACAUACCAAAGUUUAGCAAAGAGCCCUGUAGCCAUGGCCUGAGAACGUACAACAGUUACUCUCCAUUUGCUACACAUUACAUCGUGUCCUUGAAACUUGAA